AAACUGCAGUUUGCAUAUGUUUAAUAAUGUAACGUAAUACACACAAAAGGUGAAACUGAGACAUACUGUAAGUAGAAGUCCCUUUAUUUAUUAUAAUACUUGCCAGGACUAAAGAUGGCCGCAGGUGCAUAGUCCGUGCGACGCCGUACUCAGAAGCAGAACGCCAAACUAAGGGAUUCUCCAACAUUUCGUAAGUAACAGUAACAGGCAGUUUUGCUGGGAUGAUCCAUGGUGUGACCACUAGCAGCCUCACAGAAGCUGUCAUUCAGAGAAGCAAGCGGAUGAUUUUAGACACUCUGGGAGUUGGGCUGAUUGGCACCACUACCGAAGUUUUCCAAAAGGCAUUGCAGUACAGCAAAAUUUACAGCUCCGACAUCUCGAGCACGGUUUGGGGCCAGCCAGAUCUCCGCCUCCCUCCUCUCUAUGCUUCUUUUGUCAAUGGCGUUGCUGUUCACUCAAUGGACUUUGAUGACACCUGGCAUCCUGCCACACAUCCCUCUGGUCCUAUCCUCCCUUCUCUGAUUGCCCUUACAGAAACAUUGCCUGCACCUACGAAGAGAUCUGGAUUAGAUUUUCUUUUAGCAUUCAAUGUUGGCAUAGAAGUGCAGGGAAGACUCAUGUAUUGUUCUAAUGAAGCAAAAAAUAUUCCAAAAAGGUUUCAUCCUCCUACUGUGGUUGGAACAAUGGGAAGUGCUGCAGCAACAUCUAAAUUUUUAGGGUUGGACCAGUCUCAAUGCAGAGAAGCAUUAGCUAUUGCUGCAUCAUAUGCUGGGGCUCCUAUGGCUAAUGCAGCCACUCAAACUAAACCCUUGCACAUAGGUAAUGCUGGAAGACACGGCCUUGAAGCUGCCUGCUUUGCAUAUUUGGGUCUUGAGGGAAAUAAGCAGAUUCUGGAUUUGGAGUCUGGUUUUGGUGCUUUCUAUCAUGACUAUAACCCACAACCUCUGCCGUCCCUCCAGGCUUAUGAUUGGCUGCUAGAAAAACAAGCUGUGGCUGUUAAACGCUUUCCUGCUCACCUUGGCAUGCACUGGGCUGCAGAUGCAGCAUGCGCAGUAAGGAAACACAUUGCUGGAGAUAAUAAGCUAUUGCCAGUUAAUAACAUCCACAAGAUCACACUCAAAAUCCCAGAUGCUGAAUAUAUCAAUCGCCCCUUCCCAUCUUCAGAGCAUGAAGCUCGCCAUUCCUUCCAGUUCAAUGCAUGCACAGCUCUCCUCGAUGGAGCUGUGUCUGUCCAGUCAUUCAGCGAUCACAGUAUAUGCCGGCCAGAACUGAAGGAACUACUUGGUAAAAUAGAGGUUGUUCAUCCAUCUGACAAUAAGCCCAAUUUUGAGAAACUGUAUUGUGAGGUGAGUGUUACAAUGACAAAUGGAGCCACCUAUACAGAGAGGUGCAACACAUUCUAUGGUCACUGGAGGAACCCGCUGAGCAAUGAAGACCUUGUGAAAAAGUUCAAGUCUAACGCAUCCACAGUUCUGUCCAUGGAUGGAGUGGAGGGGAUUGUGGAGAUGGUGAAUAAGCUGGAAGAUGUGUCGGACUGCUCAGUGCUCUGCUCACUCCUCAGACUUAGAAAUCAGACUACUGACAAGCAAGAGAUGGCACUCUCCAACAAGUCAUGAGUGCAGACCUUCAGCUUAGACAUAUGUCUACAUGGCGCGUCUAACUGCUAAAUAUCACCAAGGUCACCUGAUCUCUUGGUUAAGACAUUUCUGUAUCAAAUACUUUGCACUUUAGUGGUUGUGCUGUGGAAUGGUGUAAGCAACACAUCUGUAUGUUGCACAAGUAUAACUUGAUUUAACAUUAAAAUACAUCACUGACAUGUAUUUAGUUUAUACCAAAUAGAAUCCAUAACAUAAAUGGGAUAAUUUAUUUGUUUCAAAGCAAGAAAUUUCAUAUAGCAUCAUUUUCUAAAUCUCCAUCAAUUGAAAAGAGAUGAUGUGCAUUAUUAUGUGUGAUUUAUUGUUAUAUAGAUCUAUGUUUAUAGUUUCUGCUAUAUCAGGGAUGUGCGUAACAUUUAAAAUGGUAGCAUGUUGUUUUGGACUAUAUACUAUUUAUUUUCUCUCACACUUUCUGAUUCUAAGGCUGAAAUGAAUGGUAAGUUACUACUAUAGUAUACUUACCUACUUUCUGGCUGCCAGGUGUGAAGUGCAGGGACAUGACAUGGCCAAGCUGUAGGGGCGUGGCGGUGCGAUUACAUCAUAGCAGCACCGCCCUCUGCUAUUCAAUUCCGCAAAUUACAUGCAUUGUAAAUUGGUGGUUGGGGCCAUGAUGACACAAUUUAGCUUAAAUCUUGUCAUUAAGACACCCAAACAUCCUGAUUCACUCUGGAAGACUUGCCCUAUUUUCUGGUCACCUCGAAGAGCCAUACGAGAUUCAGAAGUCUCCCAGACAUUCCUGGAGACUAGGCAAGUAUAUACUAUAAACUUGAAGCACUCUGCUUUAAGACUACCCAUGUACGUUAUGAUCUCCUCUCCCACAGUGACUGGACUUUGUUAUCCACUUGAGAUACCUGCUUAUAUUUUUAGUCUUCUGUGUACACUACUUAAUUUAGCUAAUCUAAAUAAAGGAAAUCAGAAAAAAAUGUGCAAUAACAUUUUUGUGUACAGUAAGUGUAAUCUUUAUGAUGAUCUGUUUCUUGUAGCAAUUGUUUUGUCAUUUUAAUUGUGAUUAUAUGAUAAAUAAAGUUUUUUUCAGUUUAGUAAGUUGAUGUUAUACAGGUGUCCAUUCGACGUUGUCUAGGCGGCCUUGCUUUGCAGACCUCUGGUGAGGUCCCACCACCAUCAUUACAUACACACGGCAUCCAGGUGGGCCUUGUCUGAGUGCUGACAGGGAAGAGUGCUUUCAGGUGCAACAGACAGAACCUGUCCACAA